CAGCCGUCGUGAUUUGACGUAUCUGAGUUUAAAUAAAAAUAAUUUAUAAUGUGGAAGUUUUAUUACAUAGUUUCGUUCUUUGGAGCGGUCAUAUGUCUUAACGUGCCUCCCACCAGUGUUGCUCCGACGAUCACACUUAAGGAUGGAAUCUCUAUGCCUGCAUUCGGCUUGGGGACCUGGCUUGGUUUUGACGGAAAGGGUGGUGUUCAAAUGGUAACGACUGACGACGUUGAGAAAGCAGUUGAAGAAGCCAUCGAUCUUGGAUACAGGCACAUUGACACAGCGUAUAUAUACUUCACUGAGGAACAGGUGGGAAGAGCUGUAAACAACAAGAUUAAAAGUGGUGUCGUGAAAAGGGAAGAUGUUUUCAUCACAACUAAGCUGUGGAACGACAAACACGCCCGCCAGGAUGUGGUACCAUCGCUUCGGGAAUCGCUCGCUAAGCUCAACUUGGAGUACGUCGAUCUGUAUCUAGUCCACUGGCCCAUAUCCACAUAUUCCAAUAAUACAGUCAACGAAAUAGACUACAUCGAGACCUGGCAGGGUAUGAUCGAGGCCAAGAAAUUGGGCCUCGCUCGAUCCAUCGGCGUCUGCAACUUCAACAUCCAACAGCUGGAGAGGCUGAUCAACAGUAGCGAUGUUACUCCCGCCGUCCUCCAAGUUGAGGUCAAUCUGAACCUCCAACAAGAAAAACUGAGGCAGUUCGCUCGUGAGCACGGUAUAGCGGUGAUGGGGUACACGCCAUUUGGUUCGUUGUUCCCGAGUAAAGCAACUCCGCAGUCGCCGCCGCCGCGCUUUGACGACCCCGAGCUCGUCAAACUCGCAGACCGAUACGGAAAGACAGUACCGCAAAUUGUAUUAAGAUAUCUAUUCGAGCUUGGCGUUGUACCAAUCCCAAAAUCAGUGAAGAAGGAACGUUUGAGGGAGAAUUUAGAUAUCUUCGACUUUGAACUGAAACCAGAAGACAAGGUUCUUCUUAAGAGUUACGACAAGAACUACAGAACGAUAGACCUAAAAUCUCUGUGGUCUACGUCUAAAUUCUAUCCAUUUGAACUUGACGCAUAAUUAAAUAUUACACCUAACAUUUUUAUACCACAUCAAUAUUAUCUUUGAUAUAUUAAAAUCAAAUAAAUUACAUUCUCAAUAAUAACUGAAAUAAAGUAACUGUGUUAUUAAUCAAACUUUUUUUGGGACUUGCUUUGAUAAAAUAUAAUUGAAUUUGUUAAAUAAUUUAACAUUUAUAGUUAAAUGAAUAAAACAACCUUGCUUCUGUUUACCGUGUUAGCUACUAGAUGGCGCGCGAUCUCUCUUUUUCAUAACAAAACUAUAAAUAAUUAUGAAAACUCGGUUAUAAGCCAAAAAAUUGAUAUACCUGUUUAAUUCAUAGAUAAGCAGUAUGUAUUAUGUAAUAUAUUAAUGGACAUGACAUUCUUAUACUGAAUACAUGACGUAAAUAUAUAUUAGUAUA